GGAUUUUUGCUGAUUAAGGGGAAUGCAGUCUUUGGGUAAAAGAUACAGAAACACACAAAUAAGAGAUCCUGUGUUCAGGGCGGCCAUGAGCAAGGGCUGAGAAAGGGCAGAAGAAGUGGAGGAGGUAUUUGGAGAGAGAACCGUGCCAUGUAUUUGCGUGUUUAUUUGUUUGUUGAUUUAGAGAGAGAACAGUGCCACGUAUUUGCUUGUUUGUUUUGUUAUUUAUCAUUUGCAGUUCUUUCUUUCAAGCAGAGCACACCGGACUUCACAUUUCCCUUUCUUUUUUGCAUUCAACAAGCCCCCUGUUCAUGGCUGCCUGGGAGAUUCUGGCAACUGUAGAUCAAAAAGUUCUUGCCUGGGAAACCUUUGGAAGCUUGAGAUAAGGCGAGUGUGUCUUCUAACCCAAAAUAUCACACGGGAAACAUCUCCGUUCAGUAAACAUGCCUGUGGAUCUGGCCAGAGAUUGGCUGAAGAUACUUCUGUGGGCUCCGCUUCUCUGUGCUCAGUUUUUGGAAUCCGGAGCCGAUACUGACUUGAGAAAGACAGCGCUCCAGCUAAUGCAAGAAGCCCCAUUGAUUGAUGGCCACAAUGAUCUGCCGCUGAAGUUGAGAUGGUUGUAUCAAAACAAACUGAGCCAAGCGAACUUGAGGACACUCAACACCACGGGCACAAACAUUCAGAAGCUCCGAGCUGGCCACGUUGGUGCUCAGUUUUGGUCUGUGUACGUUCUCUGCGGAGCACAAAACAAAGAUGCCGUCCGCCUGACGUUGGAACAAAUCGACCUUGUCAAGAGGAUGUGCGAAGCCUACAAAGAAUUUGAACUGGUGACAUCUUCACAGGGCAUUGAGAACACGGACGGCAAGAAGACGGCCUCUCUGAUCGGGAUCGAAGGCGGGCACUCCAUCGACAGCAGCCUCGCAACUCUGAGGAUGUUUUAUGAGCUGGGGGUUCGGUACAUGACAUUGACCCACAACUGCAACACACCCUGGAACAUUGGCUUGAGAGUGCUGAGAGGUUUAGGCUGCUGGACGAGGACCCGUGGGCCAGAGGUGGUGAAAGAGAUGAAUCGUCUCGGGAUGAUGGUAGACCUCUCCCACACCUCCGAUGCCACAGCACGGGCCGCUCUAGAGGUCUCCAAAGCGCCAGUCAUUUUCAGCCACUCUUCCGCCUUCUCCGUCUGCAGCCAUUCCAGGAACGUUCCGGAUGAUAUCCUGCUAGCCCUGAAAAAGAACAGAGGGAUUAUAAUGGUGACGUUCCCGACCAAGUUCCUUGCCUGCCAUAACCGAAUUGUUAAUAUUUCAACUGUUGCAGAUCACUUUGACCACAUCAAGAAAAUUGCAGGUUCUGAUUCAAUAGGAAUUGGUGGUGACUACGAUGGAGAAGACAGUUUCCCUGUGGGACUGGAGGAUGUUUCUAAAUAUCCAGCCAUGAUUGAAGAACUGCUGAGGAGAGGAUGGAGCAAGACAGAACUGCGUGGUGUUUUGAGGGGAAACUUCCUACGCGUUUUCCGGGAAGUAGAAAAUGUGCGGGAUCGCAAUGUGUCCGUGAGAGCAAAUGAAGAAGAAAUACCUCCUGAACAAAUCAGGCACGAGUGCCGAUUAGAACUCAAGCCCCCACUUUCACCGGCGGCCAGUACCCAUAGGCUGAAACUGAGCAGCUUAACACUCAGUGUUGCCUUGUGUGCUGCACUACACUGAGCUCAUAUUGGUGAAAAGUUUCACCUGCCACUUCUUUCUCCUGAUCAGUCGCAAAGGAUUGUGGGACUUACUGGGAUUCACAUCCAAGUCUCCAUUUUAAAAGCCCCUUCUCUGAAAAUGGUUCUUCUUUGGAAAGUCUUUGAAAUCCUUCAACAAUAUGUCAACGAUCUAUUUCCCUAUUGAGACAUCUCUUCUGGAACUAAUUUAUUUGUUGUAUAUAGAAAACCAACAGGAAGCCCUUGUCUGGGAGGCUGUGACUGCAGAACAGUACCAGACAGAAAGUCACUGGACUUACUAACUGCCCUAUCCUAAAUAAGGGGAACAUUGUAUGGAUAGAGGGGGAAAGUCUGUCAACGUGAGUGCUGAAUAAGGUUGUCAAGGUUUGAAAUUUUGUGUCUAUAGUGUGUUAAAAUAAUAGUUAAGGGAGUGCAGAAAAACAUUCCCUGAAAAUGAAAGUACAUUUAAAAGUGCAGCUUGGAAAUAGUUUACUAUAGUCACUGUGAAAC